UUUUAGAACUCGUGUUAGUAUUAAUCCUAGUGAUUACUUAAAGAUUGUUCGUCCUUGAAGAAUUGAGUUUCAUUGCUCAAAGCAAAACGUGGGUGUUGAAAUCGUGCCUAAUAGCAUUUGAUGCUGUUUGUUAUUAUAAUGUAUCUGGAGAAUUACGAGGGAUUUGUGGCGGUGGUUGUUCAUUCUUACUCUUGUUCUUAUGAUUGUGAAUAUGUUUAUUCUUAUAUGGGGUUGUAACUUUCCACGUAUUGGUGCAAAGAAGUUUUGCUUGAGAUACUUGGUGACUAUGGUUCUGGUAGGACUGUUUCCCACGUGGAUUUUCAGGGAAUAUUCUUCCGAGUGUGGACUAAUGUUAUACUGAUAACUUUUACUGGGGCUCAUUGCAACCUUUGUAAUGAUAUCCAACUGUAUACAUGUCCGAAAGCCUUGGACUCUCAAACUCAGCCAAUAACUGCCACUGGUGUGGAGGCCGGUCAACUUUUUGAGCGCUCCCGGGCAGGAAGUGACAUUAAUAAGAACAAGGCAAUGGUGGAGCAAUUGAAGACUUAUGGAGUGAUCACAUCAGAGAAGGUAGCUGAUGUAAUCGAGAGUAUUGAUAGGGCUUUAUUUGUACCCGAUGGGAAUGUGCCAUACUAUGACAGUCCCAUGCCAAUUGGUUACAAUGUCACUAUUUCUGCCCCUCAUAUGCAUGCCACAUGCCUUCAAUUAUUGGAGGAGAAUUUGCAGCCUGGAAUGCAUGCUCUGGAUGUUGGUUCAGGGACUGGGUAUUUGACAGCUUGUUUUGCAUUGAUGGUUGGACCACAAGGUUGUGUUGUGGGCGUGGAACACAUUCCCGAGUUGGUUUCUUCCUCAAUCCAGAAUAUUCAAAAAGGUGCAGCAGCUCCAUUAUUGAAGGAAGGUUCCCUUUCAGUGCACGUUGGCGAUGGAAGGCUUGGUUGGCCAGAACAUGCACCUUAUGACGCGAUUCAUGUUGGGGCAGCAGCUCCGGAAAUCCCACAGGCACUUGUUGACCAGUUGAAGCUUGGAGGAAGAAUGGUGAUUCCCGUUGGAACUAUAUUCCAAGAAUUGAAGGUCAUCGACAAGAACCUGGAUGGUUCUUUGAGCAUCCGGGAUGAGAUCUCGGUUCGUUAUGUACCUCUCACUAGUCGAGAUGUUCAGUUGCAAGGUGUCUGAGGGUCCGAUAAGUUUCUUACCUGGAGUUUUCUGGAGGUCUGUGGUUGUAGAUAAGUUUCUUUUGUGCAUGCGAAUAUGAGUCUUUAUGUGAUUAUUUUCCUCGUCCAAAUCCAUCUGUAGGAAAAUCUGAAGUGAUCAAAACUUUUGAAGAAUUCAAACACCGUCACAAUAUUACUUGGUUCUGGAAUUAGUUUUAAAUAAAUAAAUAAAUAAAAAACGGAUCCGGAAUA